GCAUUUCGCCCAUGUCGCAGCCACUUACGAAUUCUAACAUCCCUCCGGAAUUACGAUUAGAUUUUACCAGUCUCGCUGAGGAUAUCCUAGCCUUGCAGUUCGACGAACUGGCCACGACCAAUAUUGAUAGCGGGCCGGAUCCUGCGCUCGACAACGUUGCACUUCCUGCUUCCUCAAGGUCAGCGACCAGUUCGACCGCAAUAACUGAUCUCAUUCGCCGGUUGAAUCAAGCUCGUGAGGACGUGCGGCGUGCCGAGGCAGCUGUCCGCAAGUUAACAGCCUGUGAUCUGGACUUAGAAGCCCAACAGAAUCUUUUACUCGCUACGUCCACAUCUUGCAUUACAAAACGCCAAUUAAUAUGCUUACUGAAACGGGAGCUAUCCAAAUUUUCCAAGGAUACUUCGUCUAACUCCUUUGAUUCUCUCUAACGUUUCGAUGAACUAGUUCCUGCUGUACAUGGGAUCUAUUCCCCUAUUACAUCUUAUUUCACACUGCUCUGUAUUUUUUCUACACUAUUCCGGCUUAGUGUGUUUGCGACGAAUCUCUUACGGAAAUUUACUCCCUAUCUUACAUUUCACUAUCCUCCUAAAUUUCCGUAUCGUCUGUUGUUACACUUAAUCGACUAGUGUCCACUAACGGAAUAGCCUCUUUCCCGAUCGUGAACUGCACGCUGUUUCCACACCCAAACGUAGUAAUUUCCUCUGCUCCCGAUGUGUUUAUGGAUUUGAUUUCUAUCUUAUUAACAUUCUCAGGUUCAAGUUUACAGCAGCUACUUCUCUUCAAAUAUUUGUUUGACCUGCACAACCCAAACUUUUAUUCCCAUUCUUUCAAUUUUACUGAGAUUCCAUGUGGUGCAUACCUCUGCAUUUUGUCCAAUAUUGCUCUUUAGUGGUCACUCUGGUUACCAACUUAUGUCCGAGUGGAUACUUGGAUACAGUUUAUUGACACACAAAUCUGUUGUAAGGCAUGGGAGACGGACCACCCCAGCGUUAAUCGCGGUCCUCUGUG